GAGCUCUACUUUGGACCCAAAUGGCGACUAAAUUCCCAUUUUUCUAGGGUUUCUGAUUCUCCACAGAAUCGCCGAGAGAUAGAAGAAGAAUGAAGACUAUACUCUCAUCGGAGACAAUGGAUAUCCCUGACGGGAUAACUAUCAAGGUAAAAGCAAAGCAAAUUGAAGUUGAAGGACCUAGAGGAAAGCUGACUCGCAAUUUCAAGCACUUGAACCUUGAUUUUCAGCUCAUAAAGGAUGAAGAGACCGGUAAGAAAAAGCUCAAAAUUGAUGCUUGGUUUGGAUCUCGGAAGACUACUGCUGCUAUUCGAACUGCACUUAGUCACGUUGAAAAUCUCAUCACUGGUGUUACUAAAGGAUACCGUUACAAAAUGCGUUUUGUGUAUGCACAUUUUCCUAUCAAUGCUUCAAUCUCCGGUGGGAACAAGUCUAUUGAGAUUAGGAACUUUCUCGGCGAGAAAAAGGUAAGGAAAGUCGAUAUGCUUGAUGGGGUUACAGUUGUCCGUUCUGAAAAAGUUAAGGAUGAAUUGGUAUUGGAUGGAAAUGACAUCGAACUUGUUUCUCGGUCUGCUGCCCUCAUAAAUCAAAAAUGCCAUGUGAAAAACAAAGAUAUCCGUAAGUUUUUGGAUGGUAUCUAUGUCAGUGAGAAGGGAAGAAUAGUUGAAGAAGAGUAAGUGUUAGCAAACUGGUUCUAAGAUCAUACACCGAUUUCAUAAGAAUAUAUUUUGAAUUUAAAUCAACAAUUUUGGUACUAGAUGACUACAUAUCUGUUAAGGAUAAGUUUUUUGUUUUGUGUAUGGUUCAUUAAGAGAUGGAUGUUUUCUUUAGACUGUUUAUUUAUCUUUAGAUCAAUUUCAAUGUCUUUUUAACCUGUUGGUUACCAUGACUAUGGGUAAAACUUAGUGUAUGAGGGAUUUGUUAAAAUGUUUUAUCAAAACAUUAUUUGGUUUGU